AUGACGAGCUCGGACAUGGGCAGAGGCUCUACGUUGCCAACCUCCAAUCCUCCACAAUACACACCUUUCAACGUCGUCGUGACGGGAGCUGGGAAGGGGCUCGGUCGAGCAAUCUCACUAGCCUACGCCCAAAGCGGUGUCACAGGCAUAUGCAUCAGUUCGCGAACGCAAUCCGACCUGGACAGCCUUGAACAGGAGAUGCUUGCCAUUGCACCACAGCUGGACGUCUUCUCCCGCAUCUGCGACACGAGUGAUCCCAGCGCUGUAUCAGCGCUUUCGAUCGCGUGUGCAGAGCACUUCGAGGAUCAGAUUGAUGUUGUCGUUGCGAACGCGGGUAUCAUCAGCAAGUAUCUGGACGACGACUCGCCUACAGAUCGACGGCUGCCCAAAGGCAUUAUCGAAGAUGACGACUUCCUUCGCGUGACUUCCAUCAACUAUCUUGGCAGCUACUACACAGCCAAAUACUUCACACCCUUGCUGCUGAAGCGGAAAAUUCCAGGCGACAGUAGCGAUGCAGAUCUAGUCCGGGCAUUUGUGGUGAUCACCAGUCUCGCGGGCCACGUACCUCAAAGCGCUGCUACACCGGUGGCUUAUAAUGUGAGCAAGUUGGCGAAUAACCGUAUGGUUGAAUGUAUGGCGAACGAUCACGGCAAGGAGGGCCUACUGGCAUACGCGGUACAUCCGGGGGAGGUUGUCACACCGCAGACACUCCGGCAUAGCGUAAAGAAGGGUGACAUGUGGGAUACGAUGCUUCAGACAGACGUCGGUCUUUGUGGUGGGUUUCUGACAUGGUUGACGAGGUCAAGAAGAGAAUGGCUGAGCGGGCGAUACCUGUCUGUGCAUUGGGACGUGGACGAACUGGAGAAAAAGAGGGAUGAGAUUGUGGAAGGGGACAAGCUGAAGUUCAGAAUGGUCACUUAG